AUGGCUCCUGGGAAUUCAGAUGAUCCUCGCGAUGGGGAGCCUAGCUAUGGCUCGUUGAGGAUGCCAACGGCUGAGCCGCCAAGCUCCUACGACUACGGCCACCUUAGCCGUGGAAAUCCGAUCGCCGAAGUGGAGAAUCUGGGUCGAGAAAGAUCCUCCUCGUUUUCUCGGAUUCGACAGGCAGGCGGGCCCAACAGCAUCGACAAUUUCGCCCGCUCGUGGCAGCGGGCAGCCUGCUUCCCCGAGGUCAUCCCGCGGCCGGCGUCCUUUGUAUCGGCAGACUUAGAUGACGAGCUCGCCAUUGCGACGGGCCUGGACUAUGGUUAUGGCUCCCGCAGCUCGCCGUCCUGGGGUCAGUCCUGGGGUCGCCAGUCCGACCAUGAGCGCCCUUUGUUGUCCGAGGACUCGGAUGGAGAAGACCACGAGCAAGAGGACUUGGGUACUCCGCAGCGGGCUAGAAAGGGCCUUCCGAGCGCGGGUCUGCUCGCCUCGUCGUUUGAUAGGAGCUUCGCGACUUCGUAUGGCACGAUCUCCUCGCGAGUCAGUCAAUCGACUCGCCGGAAUGCGAUCCAGUUCCACCGCGAGCAACAGCAGGUGCUGGGCGACGGCACGGGAGAUCCUGAUCGAGAGCCACUGCUUCUCAAGCAUGUUGAGCGUGACGAUGGUACACACGAGGAUAUCAUCAUCGGGCAAUCCACCGUGCCUCAGACGGUCUUUAACUCGGUCAAUGUGCUGAUCGGUAUUGGUCUGCUGAGUCUUCCUCUGGCGAUGAAGCAUGCGGGCUGGGUGCUGGGACUGCUAUUUCUCGUCUACUCGGCCGUGAUUACUUCCUAUACGGCGAAGAUCUUGGCGAAAUGCUUGGACGUGGAUAAGACCCUGGUCACCUACGCUGACCUGGCCUAUAUCAGCUUCGGGCAGCAGGCUCGUCUCGUGACGAGUUUUCUCUUCUGCAUGGAACUCUUGGGAGCAUGUGUUGCCCUGGUCGUGCUGUUUGCGGACAGCUUGUAUGCGCUGAUCCCCGGCUUGAGCAUCCUGCAAUGGAAGAUUGUCUGUGGUCUGGUGCUGGUCCCAUUGAACUUUUUGCCGUUGCGUUUCCUCAGUGUGACUAGCAUCCUAGGCAUUAUAUCCUGCACAUCCAUCGUGAUUCUCAUCUGCGUGGACGGCUUGAUUAAACCAGAUAGCCCGGGCUCUCUGCGACAACCUGCGAGCACGUUCCUCUUCCCCGAAAAUUGGGCCACUCUUCCGCUGAGUUUCGGCCUCAUCAUGUCACCUUGGGGUGGACAUGGCGUUUUUCCGAAUAUCUACCGCGACAUGAGGCACCCACGGAAGUACGGGAAGAGUCUCCGGGUCACCUACAUUUUUACGUUCACUCUCGAUUGCUCUAUGGCUAUUAUCGGCUGGCUCAUGUUUGGUGACAUCGUCCGCGAUGAAGUCACAGCCAACAUCCUGAGGGUGGAUCAGUAUCCAAAGGCCUUAUCAGUCUGCAUUAUAGUCUUUAUCGCGAUUAUCCCGCUGACCAAAGUGCCUCUGAAUGCCCGACCUUUAGUCGCUACAUUCGAAGUCCUCUGUGGUGUUGGCUUGGGACCGGCACCCACCGACCGGCGCGGAGAGAUGAUCCAGCAGUUUGUCCGAGUAGCAGUCCGCGUUUUCACCGUGGCUCUGAUCGUCGUCUUGGCCGUUGUCUUCCCCUCCUUCGACCGGAUUAUGGCGUUCUUGGGCUCAUUCCUCUGCUUCACCAUCUGUAUCAUCUUCCCGAUCGCCUUCUACCUGAAGAUCUUCGGGAGCGAGAUCAGCCGACGCGAGCGCAUUCUCGAUUGGUUCCUGCUCAUCACGUCUUCCAUCCUGGCGGCAGUGGGAACUGUGUGGGCAUUCCUGCCCCGCGAAAUAAUUUCCGAGGGCUGA